AUGCCUGGAGUGCCGGUUGAACUCCCUUUCAACAACACACUUGGAGAGACCGUGCCACCAGAUACUCCACAUGCCGUAAGCGUCUCAUUACCAACAUGGCGCUCCAAUGUUGGCUACGAGGAGGGCGAGCAAUGGGUGUUGGAGAAGAUGCAAUGUGGCUAUCCAAGAUUCUUCAUACACAAAAUCAUACAGCGACUGGCGAGAACAAUCGUUGAACAACAUGGUGCACCCGACCAAGACCUUGCUAUGCUAUUUCCCACAAUCACCUGCGCAAAACGCUGUGUCGCCUUCAUCUCUCACAACAAUCCGUCGCUCGAGCAAAGUCGACUAUGCAUCCUUGAGUUCGUCCCUGUCGAAUCGAAUGCUUCCCAAUUCGUGCAGCCGCAUCUAUGUGCGGUCCUGUACCCCAAAGAACUAUGGCCGACAGCUAAAGCUUUCUGGCAACACACUGGCGAAGGCAUACAGAGUCGCCGCGCGGAAUUCUGUCUCCAAGCACUCGAAUCGAAGACCAUGGUUCUUUCAACCCCUCAGUCAUCCAUCAUCACUCCAAUCGCCAAGGGUCCAAGGCGAUAUCAACGAUUGUCCACCGACAAGACCUUAUCAAAGGGCUCUACUACCCACACCAACGGAAACACUCCAGAGAGAAAUGGCGUUGCAGUACCCGACUCUGCUCAAUUCGUCGAAGAACGAUUCGGCCGUAACCUCGACGUGACUUUUGCCUCCCAGGCGAAACUGGCAGUUCGAAAACGCAUUGCAGGGAGCCUGACAAGUCAGGCAGAGCUGCCAGAUUCACUGAAUGACGCAACCGACCUCUCACGGCAGCGUAGUCGAGACGUACCUGGCUUUUCCGUUGACGAUGUCUUCCUCUACCCCUGUGGUAUGAAUGCCAUCUUUCAUGCGCAUCUUGCUCUUCGACUGGCUGUUCGAGAAGACAAGAGCGUCAUGUAUGGCUUCCCGUACGUCGACACUCUGAAAGUGCUGGAGAAGUUCGGCGCAGGGGCUGAGUUUUACGGCCAUGGCAACGCCGCCGACUUGGACCAUCUCGAAAAACGGUUGGAGAAUGGCGAACGCUUUCUUUCUCUUUUCUGCGAAUUCCCUGGCAACCCCCUGCUCAAAACACCCGAUCUCAAGCGCAUUCGAUCCCUUGCCGACAAAUAUGACUUUGCUGUUGUCAUCGACGAGACGAUUGGCAACUUCCUGAAUGUCCAUGUGCUGCCAUACGCCGACAUACUGGUUUCAAGUUUGACCAAGAUCUUCAGUGGAGACAGCAACGUCAUGGGCGGCUGCAUGAUUGUAAAUCCACGUUCACAGUACUACAACCGGAUCAAAGAGCACUUCAACGAGCACUACGAGGACAACCAAUUCGAGGGCGACAGCGUCUACCUCGAACGCAACAGCCGCGAUUUCGUCGGUCGAAUUCAACGCAUCAAUCACAAUGCCGAGUUGAUUGCCGACAUUCUUCGAUCACACAGCGCAGUGAAGCACGUGAAUUAUCCCAAAUACAGCGACACUAAAGCCUUCUACGAUGCCUGCCGACUACCGGACGGAGGAUACGGGGGCCUGCUCUCUGCUGUGUUUCACCGCGUUGAGGAUGCAGCGGUCUUCUACGACCAUCUCGACACGCAAAAGGGCCCGAGUCUGGGGACGAAUUUCACCCUGAGCUCACCCUUUGUCUUGCUGGCCCACUACACCGAACUGGAUUGGGCGGCGCAGUUCGGAUGCGAAGUCAGUCUCGUCAGGUUCAGCGUGGGCUUGGAGGAUGCGGACAGACUGCGGACGGUAUUUGGCAAUGCGCUGGCCGCCAUUCCGAGCUGA